AUGGUUAAAAUAGACGAUGGUAUCUAUAAUGGUGUAGGUCCAAGCCUAAGAUACAAAAGUUACAUCAGCGAUGUACAUGUUCCAAAUCCACAAGUUACAAUGCAACUAGGAAGUUCAAAUAAAUCUCAAAUGUAUUUAACAAUUGUUCCAGAUGGAUCGUAUUCUGGUGAUGAAUUCGAACCAAAAAGGAUCCCAACAGUUCAUGGAGUUUAUGAAUAUUCUAAAUUAAGUCCGCCAAGAAUUAUUCAUCCAAAUCAAUAUUGCGAUUCUGAAAUGGAAUAUCCGAUUGUUUUUGAGCAUUAUAAUAUAUCUUGUAAUCAAUAUCAUGAUUUCAGUUUUCGACAAGAUAUUAAACAAGAAAUUCCAAAAGGAGAAACAUUUUGUUUUAUUGGAAGUGCAUUAAUGGCAUCAAAACAAAAAUAUUCUGUCGAAGUAAGAACAUUUACAGGUUAUAGAACAAUUCCAACACCUUCAAACAGAAAAUUAUCUGAAGACUAUUUAGAUUAUAAUAAUUUUAUUGAUCCUUUAUCUGGUUAUCCUUAUGAGCAUUCAACAACUCCACAAAAAUUCAAGAAUCCUCUUUUAAUCAGAGAUAAGAGACCAUUAAUGGCUAUUACAUGUGAUGAUGAUGUUAAUUGUUCUAUGGAAAUCAUGAAAUAUAGUUAUGGCAAAAUUAAUACGGAAACUUUCCCAGAAGAUUUAUAUGUUAUCUCAAAUCAACUUGAAACAAAAGUGGAAUUCAAUAUUGAUAACAAAGUUACAUCACUGUUAUUAUAUAAUAAGAUUUAUAAACCAAUCGAUAUUACUAAAGAAGGAAAUAUUAAUAUAUAUCAAUUCAAUGAAGAAUUAAUUCUUAACGAACAGUAUUUUAGAUCCUCUAAUUAUUAUCUCAUUAUGAAUCAAAAUUCAGAUUUUCAAGGAAAAAUUACAUUUAAUUGCAGUGGACAGGCGAUUUUCCAAUCUAUUAUGCCAGCAUUUAUUGGAAAAGUACCUUCAAAUGGUCUUGCAUUUACUUUGAAUGAAUUGAUUAAUGAAUAUAAGAAUCCAGGCUCUUAUGAUCCGACAAAGAGUGAAUUUUUAGACAAACCACCAACAGAUCCAGAUGAUGAAGGAAAGGAUAAAGAAGGUGAUGGAAAAGAUAAUGAAGGUACAGAACCUUCAAAGUCUGGUGAAGAAAGUGAUCAAAAUGGUCAGAAGUCAGGCAAAUUAUCAGGUGGCGCAUUAGCAGGUAUCAUUGUAGGCGUCAUUGCUGUUAUUACAAUUGUCGUAGUUGUAGUAAUAUUCUUAAUUAUUAAGAAAUCACAUAACGAUAAACAAACUGAAGAAAUGGAAGUUUAA